AUGAGUUCAAGCACCUCACGGCGGCGGCGACGUGUGGACGACGAUGAGGACGACGAUGACAGCAGCACUGAAGGCCACGGUUCGCCUUCUGGAGACGAGAGCUCCAAGCGACGACGAUUGGACCCUGAUGACGACGAGCAGCCGCAGCGAAGCACCGGUCAGCCAGAUAAUGGCAAGGGAAAGGGCAGGGACGGUGGCAAGGACAGCUUUCAACCAGGUGCCAUCGUUCGAGUCGCUGUAGAGAACUUUGUCACCUACGAAAAGGCCGUCUUCUUCCCUGGCCCGAAUCUCAACAUGGUCAUCGGCCCCAACGGCACGGGCAAGAGCUCUCUGGUCUGUGCCAUCUGCCUGGGGCUUGGAUAUAGCCCCAAGCACCUUGGCCGCGCAGGGACCGUCAAGGAGUUUGUCAAGCAUGGCAAGGACACGGCAACUAUCGAGAUCGAGCUUUACAAACGGGCCCAGGACCGAUCCAACUAUGUCAUUCGAGUCCAGAUACGCCGUGAACAAAAUGCCCAAAAAUGGUGGCUGAAUGGCAAGGAGACGACGCACAGGAGGAUACAGUCGCUGAUGCAUGUGCUCAAGAUACAGGUGGACAACCUGUGCCAGUUUCUUCCACAGGACAGAGUCGUCGAAUUUGCCGCCUGUACCCCGGUGGAAUUACUACACGAAACUCUGCGAGCCGCUGCUUCCGAGGAAAUGCAAACGUGGCAUCGACAGCUCCGAGAACUUCAUAGGGACAAGAAGGGAGUGGCCGAAGCCGUGCACGAGGACGCCGAAACCCUCAAGAACCUCCAAACUCGCCAACAAGGCUUACAGGCCGACGUGGAUAGAAUACGCGAACGAGAGGAAAUUCAGGAGCGAGUCAGCAAUCUCAAAGGCGCCCUUUCCAUCGCUCAAUAUCAAGAAGCACGCAAUAGCCACCUGGCGGCAAAGGAACGUAAGAAAGAGGCCGAGAACAGAUUAAGGCGCCUUGAGAGUGAGAGCGGGCCAUCUUUGGAAGCAGUCAACCAGAAGCAGGUCUAUACUCAACAGACUGAAGCCGCCAUCCCGUCAAGGGUAAAGGCCGUUAGGGAAUCCCAGGUAGCGGCGCAGAGUCUGGCACAAGAAAUCAGUGCUGCAGUCGACGACGUCAAAGAGUGGUCGAACAAGAUAGGUGCGGAGCGCAAGGGGUUCGAUGAGAAAAAGAAAGAGGUUGCAACAUCAAAGCAGAGGAUCACAAAUCUACAGGGAGAUUUGCAAAACAGGCCUUCCAACUUCAACGCAGGAGAAUGGAAUCAAAAGAUUCGAGCCGAGGAGCAUAACCUGCGCGAAGUUGAAGCAGAUCAGCGCCGACUAGUCGCUGAGACAGAGAGAGUCAAAGGAGUUGGAAGGGCCAAGAUGGAUGAGCUGCGGAAACUCAAGACAGACUUGGAGUCUCUUGACACACAAGAGGGCCAGCAGCUAAGCUUCAUGCGGAGGCACUUCCCGGAACUAGCGACGGCUUGGGAUUGGGUUCAAGAGCAUCAGGGUGAAUUCGAAAAGGAGGUUUUCGGUCCACCCAUGCUUUCUUGCUCAGUUAGAGACGAGCGGUACUCAGACUCAGUCCAGGCCUUGCUGCAAAACGACGACUUCCUCUGCUUCACAGCACAGACCAAAAACGACUACAAGAAGCUGACCAACCAGCUGUACCGCGAGAUGAGUUUAUCUGCCGUUAUCAGAACCUGUUUGCAGCCUCUUGCGGCUUUCAGGUCUCCUGUCAAUAUCGAUGAAGCUCAAUCGCUGGGUCUGGAUGGCUUCGCGCUCAACUAUCUGGACGGCCCUGAGCCUGUUCUUGCCAUGCUAUGUGCUGAAAAGAGAUUGCAUCAGUCCGGCAUCUCGUUGAGAGAGCACACUGAUGACGAAUAUGAGAAGCUUGUCCAUAACGGGAAAAUCAACCAAUGGGCAGCCGGAAGGCAGCAGUACAUAGUUCGUCGACGAAAAGAGUAUGGCCCUAAUGCAAUGACAACAGUCGCCAAGAGGAUCCAACCGGGAAGAUUCUGGACCUCUCAACCCGUGGAUUCGCAGGAGAAGGCUGAGCUCAACAGGCGACUAACAGAGGUCUCCGGCGAAGCAGAAGUCAUGAAGGCAGAGUAUAAGGAGCUGAGAGAGCAGACCGGACCUUUGGAAGAACGAAAAGCCGACAUACAGGGCAAAAUUGAACAACUGAGAACAGAGAAGAAUGCGCUGCAGCGAGAAUUCACCAAGUGGCAGUUGAUACCACAAAAAAUAGAAUCCGAGGAGCGCCAUAAAGAGGCAAACGAGCAGGCCAUGAGAGAGGCCCGAGAGAGAAUCGUCGACCUCGGCUUCGGAUGGGACAAGGCGGUAGUAGAAAGAGCCAAACUGGUUCUUCGCCAUCAAGAGGCCCUCGGCCAAGUUGCAAAAGCUCAUGAUGAGCUCAUUGAGGCCAAGAUACGACUCAUUGAGGCCAAGUCCGACAUUAAAGGCCUCAAAGCCCGCAAUUCUAGUAUAAUGGAGAGGCUUGAGGAAGAGAGACUCGUCGUGCAGCAAGCUACCGAAGAAGCUACCCAGGCCAGAGAUCUAGGUCGCGGACUGCUCGACAGGGUUCGGGACCUCAUCAACGACAACCCCGAUAAGAAGGAUCUAUACAGCUCCCUGGCUGAAAACAGAUCACCAGCAGAUAUAGAGAUGGACAUCUCUGCUGAGCAGGCGAAUCUCGAGCUCAUUCACGCAGCCAACCCCAACGUCAUUCGAGAGUUUGAGAGGCGUGAACAGGAGAUUGCUAAACUACAGAAGAAAAUGGAAACAUUAAGCAGCAAACUUGCCAACUUGACUGGACAACUGGAUGAGCUGAUGGGUAAAUGGGAGCCCGAGCUGGACGCCUUGGUGUCCAAGAUCAACGAUGCCUUUGCCUACAACUUUGAGCAGAUCAGCUGUGCUGGUGAGGUCCGCGUCCACAAGAACGAGGAUUUUGACCAGUGGGCCUUGGACAUUAUGGUCAGAUUCCGAGAAAACGAAUCUCUUCAGCAGCUCAAUGCCCAUCGCCAAUCCGGCGGCGAGCGCGCCGUCUCCACAAUCUUCUUCCUCAUGGCCCUCCAGUCCAUGGCACAGUCGCCCUUCCGCGUCGUCGACGAAAUCAACCAGGGAAUGGACCCCCGCAACGAGCGCAUGGUGCACGAGCGCAUGGUCGAGAUUGCCUGCCGCGAGCACACCAGCCAGUACUUCCUCAUCACGCCAAAGCUGCUCACCAACCUGCGGUACGACCCCAAAAUGAGGGUGCUCUGCAUUGCUAGCGGGGAGCACAUGCCCAAGGAUGGGACCAAGCUUGAUUUUGGCAAGUGCUUGAAGAUUCAGAAGACGCUUAUGGCGGCUGCGGCGUAG